AUGCUUCUUGUAACUAAGAUGCUUUUGAUGGGCUUAGAAAUUUUUCCAUUGUCUUUAGUGGUUCUAUCUCUCCUCACCUUCAUCACAACAUACAUAAUUGCUGUAUCACAAAAACAUGUCACACCUUAUCUACCAUAUAUCAGUGACACUGGUUCAAAAAGUCCAGAAAGUUGUAUAUUUGGCCAGUUAUUGAAUAUAUCAACAAUGCUUGGGUUUCUUGGUCAGGCUUGUGACACUUCAGCACCCUCUUCAGCUGUUUUAAAAAAGUUCAAGCUGUCCUUUGCAACAAUGUAUGUCCGUUACAAACUUGUAGCAUCAAUGGUUAAUAUAGACAGCACUCGACUACAUCUUCUCAACAAAAUCAGUUUGGGUUUCGGAAUUAUAGCUGCCUUUGGGAUGAGUGUUGUAGGAAAUUUUCAGGAAUCUAAUGUCCUUAUUGUUCACUUAAUUGGAGCCUUAAUGGUAUUUGGAGUUGGUGCGUUAUAUGCAAUCUUGCAGUCUAUAAUCUCUUACAAAAUGUACCCAGAAUACAAUGGUCUUUCAAUAUGUCGCAUCCGUGCAGCCAUUUCAUGUUUCUCAUCCAUCUGCUUUAUUACAACAUUUGCAGCUGCAGCAGCUGCAGGAAAAAACUACAAAAAUGAUCCAUUGCAUUGGCAACCAGAAAUGAAAGGUUUUGCAGCACACAUUGUAAGCACUGCAUCUGAAUGGUUAUUGGCAAUAUCCUUCCUUUCCUUUUUUAUGACAUACAUCAAAGACUUUCGUAAGGUUGAAAUUGACAUUGCCGGACGUGUUUCAGUGAGUCAUUUGGAUGAUUGUACGUCAGAUUAUCUAAAUGAAAGAUCUCCAUUGCUGAGAUGA